GUCUCACUGAUGGCUCUCAGUCUCCAAGCAGCUCUGGAGUUGUGAAGCUGCAGAUUGAAGCCUUUGUUGACAAUGACAUGCUCGGUCGGAACAUUACAUUAGCUCUUCAUGUCCGAGGUGGUAAAUUCACUGUAUAGAGCUCUGCUCCCACCCCCCUCUACUCCCGGACAACUGCUAAGCUCCAGCUUCUGAAGUGGAAACACUUGAGAGACUGAAAGUGACAACAUCUUAACAUAAUAUCCUCCUGUUUACUGUGCUUAAAGAGGUGCGGGCAGUCUGGCUUUUCUCCACAAUGAUGAAGGGGGCAGGUAUGGAUUAAGUAGAUCAUGCUGAUAUCCGGUGAAGGAGAAAAGGCUGGACCCAGCCCCAUGUCUGUUUAUGCACUGCGUCUUGGUCCUGGUGAGGAGAUCCUGAGCUCCCUGGUUAAACUUGUGGAGGAGAAGGAGCUGAAAGCACCAUUUGUCAUCACAUGUGUGGGUAGCGUCUCCAAGGCAACGCUCAGGCUGGCAAAUGCCACUGCUUCAAAUACUAAUGAGAUAAUUCACCUGAAUGAGAAAUUUGAAAUUGUCUCAUUGGUUGGAACCCUGAAUAAAGAUGCCCACUUGCAUAUCAGUCUGGCUGACAGGGAUGGUAAGACCGUGGGAGGGCAUGUUGUGGGUGACCUGGAGGUCUUCACUACUGCUGAAAUAGUCGUUGGCGAGGGAAGUGAUCUACAUUUCACCCGAGAGAUGGAUGAACGCACCGGUUUCCCAGAGCUUGUCAUUAGCUCUCGCUCUGAGCUAGCCUAGCAAUUUACACUCUGUACAUGGUCUCUUUUAAAAAGUGCAUUGAAUAAAUUGGGCUGGAACAUG